AUGACUGCUCCUAUCAAUUCUUCAUUUAUUAUGAAUCAUACUUGUUUAAGAAUUAAAGAUCCAAAGAUCUCAAUUCCUUUUUAUACUGGUAAAUUUGGUAUGAAAUUAAUUGCAAAGUUUCCGUUUGAAUCAUUUACUUUAUAUAUGUUAAAUUAUGAAACUUCAGAAAAUAAAAAUUUAAAUUGGUCAGCAAGACAAGGUGUAUUAGAAUUAUGUCAUAAUCAUGGUGUUGAAAAUGAUCCAAAUUAUAAAUUAAAUAAUGGUAAUGAUGAUUCUGCGGGUAAAGGUUUUGGUCAUAUUUGUGUAUCAGUAGAUAAUAUUCAAACGUUUCAAGAUCAAUUAUUAGAUAAAAAAGUAGAUUUUAAAAAGAAAUUAACUGAUGGUAGACAAAAAAAUAUUGCUUUUGCUUUGGAUCCAGAUGGUUAUUGGAUUGAAUUAAUUGAAAAUGGAAGUAAUAAAAAAGAUAAUUCUACUGAUUCCUCAACAUAUAAAUUAAAUCAUACAAUGAUCAGAGUUAAAGAUCCUCUAAAAUCAUUAGAUUUUUAUAGAAAUGUGCUUGGUUUUAAAUUAUUAUCAACUAAAAAAUUCCCAGAUGCUAAAUUUGAUUUAUAUUUCUUGAGUUAUAAUCAUGAUGAAAGUUUCAAACAAGAUUCAAUGGAUGGAGCUGAUCAAAGUAAAUUGGAAUCUAUCAUUGAAUUAACUCAUAAUUAUGGUACUGAAAAUGAUCCAGAUUUCAAAUAUCAUAAUGGUAAUUCUACUGAAAAUGGUCAAUUACAAGGUUAUGGUCAUACUUGUAUUAGUUGUAAAGAUCCAGGUACAUUCUGUAAAGAGUUAGAUGAGAAAUAUGAUAAUUUAAAUUGGUCAGUUAAAUGGAAUCAAGGUAAUAUGAAAAAUAUUGCAUUUAUAAGAGAUCCAGAUGGUUAUUCAAUUGAAAUUAUUAGUCAUGAUUUGUUUAAAAAUGAAUCAAAGAUCUAA